CCCGGAAGUGGGUGGUGGAGUCGCCGUCACCAAACUAGUCACAUCACCGUCGACAUACUGCCUGCUGGGAUGAAGCUCGCCAGCGGAGAACUACAGAGAUCGUUACGAAUCUAAAAUCAGGCAAUCUCGGCGAUAUCUCGUCGAAACUCCAACUCAACAACAUUUAGUUUGUAGGAGAAGGGAGGACAGAGACGCGUGGCCAACAUGAUGGAAGAAAUAGACAGAUUUCAGGUGCCGAGCGCCGUGCAGGAGGCGGAGAUGCAGGCAGAGAUGCAGCCGCUGGACCCAGCCUCGUCCACAGCAUCUGAGGCGGACUCUGACACCAGAGAGGGAGAACCUGUCACUAUCAACUACAAGCCCUCUCCCCUGCAGAUGAAAAUAGAGAAACAAAGAGAGCUGGCCAGGAAGGGUUCACUGAAGAAUGGCAACACUGUAGGAAGUCCAGUCAACCAGCAGCCUAAGAAGAACAACGUCAUGGCCAGAACACGGUUGGUAGUGCCAAAUAAAGGCUAUUCCUCUUUAGACCAGAGUCCUGAUGAGAAGCCCCUGGUGGCCCUAGACACAGACAGUGAUGAUGACUUUGACAUGUCAAGAUACUCCUCGUCGGGAUACUCCUCGGCAGAGCAAAUCAAUCAGGAUCUGAACAUCCAGCUGCUGAAAGAUGGUUACCGGCUCGAUGAGAUCCCUGAUGAUGAGGACCUGGAUCUUAUCCCGCCCAAAUCAGUCAACCCUACCUGCAUGUGCUGCCAGGCGACCUCCUCCACCACCUGUCAAAUACAGUAACCCCACCCCUUCAACCCUUUGCCUCUCCCUCUUUCCACACAAUAUAACCCCCAAUCUUCAUCUGCUGUGAGUUUACAUUGCUGCCAGAGUGGCGCCGAUGAUCGUUGGUAAAAUAUUGCAACAACAGUUAAGUGCUAUGAUGAUACUGACAAUGAGGAAUAAUCAAAUUAAUAUUAAAAAAAAGUUUGGUUUAACAUGUAGUAGAUGAAAUACAUAUUCAAUAUGUAUUACAAAAUAAGUUAAAGUGGUGGUUUCCUCCUAUGGUAGGACGAGCACUUGUGUUUAAGAACCUUUCUCCAGAUGUAACGAUGAUAUUAGUAGACAAAACAAAAAAAAAGUGUUUCCCAUCAACUCGAAAACUACAAGAAAUAUUGUCAUACCUGCUGACUCAACUGUUCUGCUUUCCUGGAUUCUGGGUUGCAUUUCACCUCUUAACUUAGUUUUAUUUUUUCUAAAUGCUCGUGUUUUUUUUAACCUGUGUUCAGUAUGAUUGUAUGUGUUGAUGUGGAGAUAUUUUAGAAGCUUGGACUGUGGUCUUGAUUGCCCAAACACAGGCUGUGCUGUAGAAAUACUGUCCUGUACAGGGUUGUUAUGUAGCACAGGCCAGGCCGUUGCACUCAUCUACACAACCUUCUACACUUUUGCUUAUCGGGCCUGCUGGCUCGAGAUGUUUCAGUUCUGGGUUUUGGGAUCGAAUGUAUGAAUGGUCGAGGAAAAAAACUGCACGAGGAACAUUGAACUGAGUGAUUAAAUGGGGAAUAGAAAGGUAGAUUUGUUUGGCCUAAUUUCUGUUGUGAGAUCACAUGCUGCUGUUAUGAAACUAGCCUGACUUGUAAUUGUUUUGAAUUUGCACUUUUAGUUGUUUUUAAAUUUAUUUCUGGGCCCUUACAUAUCUGUGAAUCCUCCCUGCAACGCAGUGACAGUGUCUUAUCUGAAAUGAACUGUGUCAGAAGGGAAGAUGAAAAAUGCUCACUCACAUAUAUUCAUAUAUAUGAUCAAGGCCAAAGGGACAGUGGGGGGGGGGUCUCCAGAUAGAUUUUUCAGCAACUGUUGUGUUACCCCCCACUAUAUCUUCUUUUCGUGUCAAAAAACGUAACCCUCUAUUACAUUUGUUUUUUCACUUCAAAGAUAAUCUAGGGUGCACACAGGUUCAGACACGAGAAAGAUGCACCACCUCCUGUCUUACACACUACACACACACACACACACACACACACACACACACACACAUACAGCCAC